CUCUCUCUACAAAUACUGCAUUUACAAUUUUUGCACCAAAAUGGCAACCCACAAGAAAGGAAUCAUGUACGUAUACAAACUCGACACAGGAAAUCACCAACCGGAGCCACACUACCACCCAAUAACUCCUACGCCAACCACCAUCACAAAGAAAUCCAUUUCCUGGACCUUAGGAUCACUACUACGGAGAUCCAAAACCUACCGAGAAAAGAACCACCAUCACAAUCCCGACAAAGAAGAUACAAAAGAAAUGGUUCAAGAAUCUUCAAGAAAGUCGGUUCCGGCGAUUGACAGCGGUAGGAGGUCGGUUCCGGCGACUAGUGAUGGCACCAAAUUGGUUUCUGUGAUUGAGCAAGGGAGGAAAACUGUUUCAGGGAUCGGAGAAGGGAGGAAACCAGCGUGGGGAACUGAAGUGGGAAUGGUGGCAGGGCGGAGAUCAGCCGAGAAUAGGGCGGAGAUGGUAAUGGUUAAUGUGGGGGAGUUGGCGGAGUUGUUUCAGGUGAAGGUGUUUGUGACGGACAUGCCGGCGUUCAUGCAAGUCCAUGCAUUCCGGUGUGCCAGAAAAACUUUGGAUAGUUUGGAGAAAUUUACCCCCAAACAAAUUGCUUUCAACAUGAAAAAGGAUUUUGACAAGGUAUAUGGGCCGGCCUGGCAUUGCAUUGUGGGUUCAAGCUUUGGGUCAUUUGUGACACAUGCAACCGGUUGUUUUCUUUAUUUUUCCAUGGAAAAUUUAUACAUUUUAGUUUUUAAAACAAAAGUUCUAAAAAAUGUGAACACUCUACAAUAAAAUUAGUGGGUAGAUGAAAUAGUAUGAUUCCUAUAUCAACCACUAUAGUUAUAUGCCCU